AUGAAAGUGGUCGAAUACACCUGGUUUCUUUUGCUCCUUCUCUGUUCACUAGGGCAAGUUAAUUGCAAGAUUAAGGCUAAAGGUGGUGGAGGAGGUGGUGGUGGGAAGGAUAGUGGGUCCGGCCGCGGACGCACAUACAUUUUUAUCGGCGGCAGAAGUCGCACACGUAAGUGCCGUGACACCGGCUUUGCGCUGCAGACAACUAUCGCCAGCAAUGAUACUGAGUGGAGUGGACAUCCCGACUUCGAUUGUGCUGUGUGGUGCAACAAGAGGCAUCUCGAGCUCGUGGUUCAAUUCAACCGACCUGACAAUGAUCCAAUUUUCAAGGGAGUGAGGUAUGAAGGCGUUGUCGACUGGCAGCACUGCAAAAGAGAAGGAGGUGUGGCCAAAUUAGAAAAUGAUGCACAAAUUGUGGAGGCCACGGGUGAUUUACCAAAGCAAUGCAUCUGCACGGGGGUGAUUGAGUUUCUACGCUGGAGGAGGAGCGAUGAUUGCUAUCCCGAUACGCUCAAGGACAGUAUCGAUCUAACGGCGCAAAAAGUUCUACCAAUCCAUCCGAACCCAAAUGGCAACGAUCCAACAACGAAGUGGCAUACAGUGGAUUGGAAAGGGCGGUCGUGGCAAUGGUUCCAAAAUGCACACAACGUUUACUGCAAAAAUCAGCAUGGUGGAAUUCGCGCCUCACAUGUUGGGGAAUGCUGGAAAAAUGGCCAUGGAUCGGGCCCAAAGGACCCAAUUGACUACAAGGAUGAUGCCAAUGGCAUCGAACCUUCCGAAUGGGAGAAGUGGAUCGAGCACUACACUCCUGAUAGAUCUCCUACGCCUGACUUUCAGAAGUGUCCGCAUUACGGGCGCUGGUCCGAAAAUUAG